CCUGUCCAUUUGCCUGAGUGUUUUUUUAAAUCUCAGCUGAAGACUUGGAAUAAACAGUAUGGAGUGUAAGCAGCAGUUGAAAUGGUUAAUGCUUGCAAUGAUAUGUCCUUUUAUCGCAGGUGCUCUGUCCUCCAUGUCCAAAAGAGACAUUUCAUGCCCCAAAGAGAAUCUAGGCAUUACUGGAGGGACCUUUGUUCUUUCUAACAGCUAUUCGCAUGGAAGUCUGCUAAAAUACAGCUGUCCGAGUGGAUAUUACCCAUCAGUUCAGUCACGUCUUUGUGAAUAUGGACGCUGGACCUCAAAGACCAAAAUCAGAAAAACCCCAGAGUGCAAAAAGAUCACAUGUCCCAAUCCUCGUGUUUUUGAGAAUGGAGAGAUGAUUCCAUAUAAAGCCAAGUACUAUGUAAAUGAUACAACCACGUACUCAUGUCAUUCUGAUUAUACGUUCCGUGGCUCAGCGGUCCGUGUUUGCAAGCCUAAUGGGAAGUGGAGUGGAAGCACACCAAUUUGUGGACGUGACUCUGAUCACUGUCCUGAUCCUGGUGUUCCUCCUGGUAGCAGUCGAGCAGGGAACAUGUUUAACAUAGACGACAAAGUCACGUACCGUUGCGAGAGUCCAUUGACCUUGAUUGGUUCUAAAGUGCGAGUGUGUCUGGAUGGUGGCCAGUGGUCAGGAACAGAGCCACAGUGUUACGCUGGUUUCACAUACGACACCCCAGAGGAAGCAUCAGAAGCUUUCAGCAGUUCUCUAAAGUCAAAUCUAGCGGUUUCUCAACAGCAUGAAAAUGAAGAGCAGCAGGGGAAGAAAAUAAGAAUGGUUCAAGGUGGAAAACUUGAUAUUUACAUUGCUGUGGAUGCAUCUGACAGCAUAACACAAAAAGGUUUUGAAAAUACAACAACCACCAUUAAAAUGCUUAUAAAAAAGAUUAGUUAUUACCCAGUCUCCCCAAACUAUGAGAUCCUGAUGUUUGCUACAGAUGUUGCACAGAUAGUCUCUAUGAGGAACUUCAAAUAUGGUGAAAAUGCAAGAAACCUUACAAAGGUUUUUGAAGAUCUGGACAAUUUUACUUUUGACAAGAGAGGUGAAAAAACAGGUACUAAUAUCGCCAAAGCCUAUUCAACUAUUUUAGAGAGCAUGCAAAUAGAGGAGCUCAACAAUGCAACGACCUUCAGUGAGACCCAACACAUCAUCAUAUUGUUCAGUGAUGGUCACGCAAACAUGGGGGGGAAUCCCAAACCUAAAGUGGAUCAGAUCAAACACCUUGUCGCUAAAAAUGAUCCAACGCGAGAGAAGAAUCUUGAUCUUUAUGUAUUUGGAGUUGGAGAUGACGUGAAUCAAGAAGACAUAAAUGGCUUAGUGUCACAGAGGGACCAAGAAAAAUAUUUCUUUAAGCUUCAAGACUUGGCAAAGGUUCAGGAGAUGUUUGACGACAUGAUUGAUGAGAGCACCAGUGUAGGAUUGUGUGGGAUUGUGUGGGAAGGCUUGGAAAAUAAACGCCGUGCAGCAUUUCCCUGGUUGGCACAGAUUACUGGGGGUACUUUAAAUUGCAUGGGGUCAUUAGUUUCCUCAAGUUACAUCUUGACAGCGGCUCACUGCUUCAAAGAGGGAACCCCACCUAGUACGAUAACAGUGAAACUGGAAAAAGGCCUGGUUGUAAAAGUGAAAAAUUACAUAAAUCAUCCUAACUAUAACCUCACCGCAAAACAGGAAAUGGGAAUAAAGGAAUAUUAUGAAUUUGAUGUAGCUCUUAUACAGCUGGAAGAAGCUGUUAAGAUGAAUUUUAAUCUACGACCGAUCUGUAUCCCAUGCACCAAAGAAACCAAUGCAGCUCUGAAACUUUCAGAAACUGAAGGGACGUGCAGAAGACAUGAGGAAAUACUAAUGAGCAACGAGCUUGUGGAAGCUGCUUUCGCAUCUGAGAUGGAGACUGACAAUAGUCCAAAAAUAAUAAAAAACAUCACAUUCAAGCUUGGAAAAUAUAGGGAUACUUGUGUUGAAGAUGCAAAACAAGCACAAGGAAUCGAUGUGAAAAAUGCCAGGGAAGCAGUUACAGACAAUUUUCUGUGCAGUGGUGGUACUGAACCAACAACAGAUGAUGUUGCCUGCAAAGGAGAUUCAGGUGGGGCCUCUUAUGUGAAUAAAAAAGGUCGAGUGAUUCAGGUUGGUGUCAUAAGCUGGGGAGUGAAGGACAUCUGCAAGAAUAAAAGGAGAUUCACUUCGGAUGCAAACUCCAGAGAUUACCAUUCAAAUCUUUUCAGUGAGAAGAUACGCUUAUUCCUUAAAGAACACCUAGAAAAUGACCGUAUAGGUCACCCUCUUACAUUCUUGUGAAUGUUUUAGCAGACUGAAACUGUGUGAGUGCAAGCUGAGAAAACACUGUUUUGUUUUCUGAUUAAUAUAUUCAAUUUUAAGCCAAAAAGCUGGUCUUUGUUAAAAAAAAAAUUAAUACAGUUUAUCAUCAAUUUAUUAUCAUUUAAUGUUAUGUCUUUGUUGGGGGACAGUCUGUAUAUCCAACCACUGGCAGGCAGAGGAGUUUCAUUAUUGUUGCAAUUUCACAACUUAUUUCCAUCUAUCUUGAGAAUGAUAAUAACAAGUAAUAAAAACAUAACAGUAUG